AUCACAAGUGUUAGUUUUCCUCUCCUCUGCUACUAUACUAAUUAACACUCUUUCCUUGCUAGCUUUACUAUCAAUUCAGAAUCAAGAGCAAAAAUAUAUAACAAUAUGGACGGGAAAUUAGGAUGUUUUGGAAGGUUUUUUCUUACUUCCAAACCGUAUAUCGCGAUGAUUUGUUUACAAUUCGGAUAUGCUGGAAUGAACAUUAUCACCAAAGUAUCGUUGAACCGUGGCAUGAGCCACUAUGUUCUUGUUGUAUAUCGUCAUGCAUUUGCCACUGCCGCUAUUGCCCCUUUUGCCAUCAUCCUUGAGAGGAACAUUCGGCCAAAAAUCACCUUCUCUAUUUUCAUGCAAAUGUUUGUGUUAGGACUUCUCGGGCCGGUGAUCGAUCAAAACUUCUACUACGCUGGAUUAAAGUUUACAUCGCCGACGUUUUCUUGUGCCAUGAGCAACAUGCUUCCAGCAAUGACAUUUGUGAUGGCCGUCCUCUGCAGGAUGGAGAAAUUGAACAUGAGACUGGUUAGAUGCCAAGCAAAGGUGGUGGGAACAAUAGUGACAGUGGCAGGAGCCAUGCUGAUGACCCUUUACAAGGGAAAUGUGGUUGAGUUGUUUUGGACCAAAAAUGUGCACCCUCACUAUGCCGAGACAUCUACUUCCGGCUCAUCUGAUAAAGAUUGGGUCACUGGCUCCAUCCUUCUUAUCAUUGCCACUUUUGCAUGGGCUUCUUUUUUCAUUCUUCAGAAUGUAACAAUGAGAGUAUAUGAAGCACCUCUUUCUCUCACUUGUUUGGUGUGCUUUAUUGGGACUUUACAGUCCAUUGCUGUCACUUUUGUAAUGGAACACAAGGCUAGUGUUUGGACUAUUGGCUGGGAUAUGAACCUUCUUGCUGCUGCCUAUGCUGGAAUUGUGUCAUCAAGCAUUGCAUACUAUGUGCAAGGACUAGUAAUGAAAAAGAGAGGGCCAGUUUUUGUGACUGCUUUUAGUCCUUUAAUGAUGAUCAUUGUUGCAAUCAUGGGUUCUUUUAUCCUAGCUGAAAAAAUUUACAUGGGAGGUGUGAUGGGCGCAAUAUUGAUAGUGAUGGGACUAUACUCGGUUCUAUGGGGAAAAUACAAGGAAUUCAAAGAGAAAGAGUUGGCUGAGAUACUCGACCCCGUCAAAGUUACUUCAGCAAAUAACAACAACAACAACAUGAUGGUGAAUAAUGAUGUUGAGGCCAACGACAUCGAGAUGCAAAAGAAUCAGAUGUACUUAUCAACUCUCCCAACAAUUGCGAUCAGUGCACCGAUCCCAUCACCACCAAUGAUAGCGGUGGAGACACCAAAGGUGUAAGAAGUGAACAAAUUGGAAGAGUAUGCAAGAGACAUCAACAACAACAAAAAAAAGUAUAAAAAAAAUAGAGAAUAAUAAUGGGUUGAAUAUGUACAACUACGAUAGAUCAGGGGGUGGAAUGGGGAAGAAAAGCAAGGGCUUUUUUUGUAAUUUUGUAUUGUCUGAAUUAACGUUUUUCAUUUUUCUUUUUUUAAUUUUACUACCUUUUACUUUUGUUUCUGGAAGAUUUAAGAUUCCAUGGAAUGUAAAAUGAAAUCUUUGUUUGGGAA